AUUAUUUCCAUACAUACAACGCCUUUCUCAUUCAGUUUUGGUACAUACAUCAAUUACUGCUUUGGUUUUUUCCGUCAAAACGGGAAGUUCCCAUUGCCCGGUUUUAUCGUCCACAUCAAAAGUGUUUUCAAAAUUGUGGCAGGAUAUUAACAUUCGAACAUCUCUAUCAGACAUUUAUCAAGAUGUGUGACGCAGAUACAUGUUCCGCCUGUGAUUUUGACACUAGAUAUCCGAGCAGCAUAGUCAGACCAUUGUGUGGUUCCCACGCCAAGUUGUCAUUUGUGGUGUAUCGUCUGCUAGUAGCGGCUUACUUCGUUGUGUUUUUAGUGAUUCAUCUGUCUACAGCCAUCGCGGGAGUGAUUGGAUUAAAGAUCUUCAUCUAUCUAUCUGACUGGACUCUUAUCCUCACCACAUUCUAUGUGAUUGUUGCCUUCCUGAAUGCUGUAGGCGACUAUGCCUACUACCACUGGUAUGGCAUGUAUCUCAACGAUUACAAUGAUGAGCCUCCUAUCCUGUACAGACUACAAUGGUGUCUCUUCAGCAUAUGUAUCAACAUCUCCUUCCUCAUCCUCGUAUCCUUCUGGCCAACCGUCGGCGUUGAUCUACCUACCUACAAACUAGCCGAGAACAUCAACGUACAUGCACUACCUGCCGUCAUCCUAUUCAUAGAUCUCAUGGUGACGGCCAUACCCAUUCGUUUCUUACAUGUAGUCUAUCCCUUAGUAUAUGGGUGUGUUUAUCUGACCUUUGCAGCAAUCUACUGGGCAUCUGGCGGAACAGACCCGUAUGGACGUCCAUAUAUCUAUGGCAUAUUGGACUUCAACCAUGCCAGGACCGUGGGGCUAGUCAUCGUCGGGGAGACUGUAGGCGCAGUGGUGUUUCAGUGGAUGUUUGUAGGAUUGAAGAUGUUGAGGAACAAGAUGGCUGACGAUUGUAACUGUUCUGAAAGGGUUCGAUCACCUGAAAUCAUACCUUUAACAGAAUUGGCUAUGGUUACUUCAUAUUCUUGACUUUCACUCUGUACUAAUAAUUCCUAGACUGAUAAGGCCUGUAUGUGAUAGGUGCCUAACUGUGAGAUCAUCUAGAAGUAAAAGAUUGACCGGUGAUGGUGGGACUUAUUUAGUGGGAUAUAGGUGUGUAACUGUGAGAUCAUCUAGAAGUAAAAGAGCGACUGGUGAUGAUGGGACUUAUUUAGUGGGAUAUAGGUGUGUAAAUGUGAGAUCAUCUAGAAGUAAAAGAGCGACUGGUGAUGGUGGGGCUUAUUUAGUGGGAUAUAGGUGUGGAACUGUGAGAUCAUCUAGAAGUAAAAGAUUGACCGGUGAUGGUGGGACUUAUUUAGUGGGAUAUAGGUGUGGAACUGUGAGAUCAUCUAGAAGUAAAAGAGCGACUGGUGAUGGUGGGACUUAUUUAGUGGGAUAUAGGUGCCUAACUGUGAGAUCAUCUAGAAGUAAAAGAUUGACCGGUGAUGGUGAGAUUUAUUUAGUGGGAUAUAGGUGUGUAACUGUGAGAUCAUCUAGAAGUAAAAGAGCGACUGAUGAUGGUAGGACUUAUUUAGUGGGAUAUAGGACAUAUAACAUUUCAUUUCACCAUAUUCUAAAAAAUGGUUUAGAAUAACCUUUUUUCUUUUAUACGUUAUUCAAAUCAUGAACAUUUCUUGAUAUAGCUUUGAACCUGGCCCUUCUUUCUUCCUGACACCCCACCUUUUUUCUUUCUCUCUCUCUCUCUCUCUUUCUCUCUGUUUCUCUGAUAUCCCCAUUCUCUCUCUCAUUGAUAACCACCCCUCUCUAUCUCUUUCUCUUCCAAUAUUUUUUCUCCUUAGAAUAUUUCCCAUGCCAUUUUUCCUUACAUUUAGCUUAGGGCAAGUGUAUAUACAUAAAGAGAACUAUUCAGAAUAAUAAUACUGCCAAUAAAUGAUGAUAAUUUAUUACUUCAAAUAUAGAUUAUAUUACCUGACAUUGUUACAUGGGUGAAAAAGCAUCAUUGAAGUUUCAAAUUCAGGAGAUCAUAAACUUUCUUGACAAGUAUCUUUUAAAAACCUUUUUUUUGUGUGUUACCUACUCUCUUUAAUUUCACUACAUCUAUUCUAAAAAAAUUGAAACAUGCAAGUUCCCGAGAAAUAAUACAUUUUAAAAAAAUGCAUGUAAUAAGUAACAAAUUCCACUGGUUUACAGCAAA